AUGGGUAACAAAGUUGAACUUAAAAUGAAAGAUAUUGCAGUUGGAAAUCAACAGAACAGGUUUCCGAUAAUGUUCAUGAGUUCGGAACCAUCCACUAACCUUAACAUGAAGAUAUUUGCAAUUUCAUUUCUAUUUUCUGUAACCCUUGUUGGCUUUGUUAAUUCUGUUUAUUAUUCUGAUGUCACACAGCUCAUGCAUGAUUCUGGAGUUGAUUCAAAUGACAUAGCUACGAAUAGUGUUUUCGGAUUAUUAAAGAUUACAUUCGACAAUAAUGUGAUUGCCGAUAUGGGAAAUGAAUUAACACCAACUCAAACCAAAAACGAACCAACUCUCGAUUGGGAUGCUGAUGAAAAUGAAUUCUAUACAAUUUUAAAUCUUGAUCCAGAUGCACCUGGAAGAGAUGAUCCUUUUAACGCCUUACUCAAUACUUGGAUGGUUGGAAAUAUUCCUGGUAAAGAUGUUAAAUCGGGAAGAGCUAUAUUUGAGUAUAUUCCUGCUGCAACGGCUAAAGGACGUGGAUUGAAUAGAUAUGUGAUUCUUGUUUAUAAACAACCUGGUAUACUUAAAUUUGAAGAACAUCCAAUAGAUAGGUAUCAUUUUGAAGGACGUCAACGAUUUCCAUUUGUUAAAUUUGUAGAGAAAUAUGAUUUAGGUAAUCCUGUAGCUGCCAAUUAUUAUCGCACUCAAUAUGAUUCAUUUGUUUUGGAAGUUUAUGAACAAUUGCAAUGUUGCUUUGAAUUGAACAAAGAUUGA